AUGAGAAAUGACAGGCUUAUUAUUCCAUCUGAAUUGAAAACAGAUAUUUUGGCUAGGUUACAUGAGGCCCACCAAGGGAUCAAUAAAUGUAGAUCAAGGGCAAAAGAAUCUGUUUGGUGGCUAGGAAUAAGCAAAGACAUUGAAAAUCUUGUUAAAGGGUGUGAUACUUGCGCUAAAAUGCAAAACGAAAAAAGAGAGCCAUUGAUUGCUACACCUUUUCCAGACAGGUGUUGGUCUAAGUUAGGUUCAGAUUUGUUUCAAUGGCGCGGUUGCACAUAUUUGCUGGUGAUAGAUUAUUAUUCUCGCUACAUUGAAAUAGCUAAACUCAGUUCACUGUCGUCUGCGACUGUUGUUGCGCAUCUGAAAUCAAUCUUGUCACGUCAUGGACUAUGCGACACUAUAGUCACAGACGGAGGUCCGCAAUAUGCUUCAGAUACUUUCAACAAGUUUUGUGCUGAUUACGGUAUCGAGCACAUAACCUCAAGUCUGAGGUAUCCUAUGGGUAAUUCAGAAGCUGAACGUGCCGUACAGACUGUCAAACGUCUGCUGAACGUGUGUGAUGAUCCGUAUCUCGCUAUGUUGACAUAUCGGGCUACUCCGUUGCAAAAUGGGCUUUCGCCAAGUCAGUUUUUAUUCGGGCGUCAGAUUAAAACUACACUCCCUCAAGCGCCACAAAAGCUUGAUCCGAAACCGGUAAAUUCUAGAGAGAUACAGCAGAAAGAAAAGAAUUACCGUAAUUACUCAAAAGAAAAUUACGACAGGUCUAGACGCGCUCAGUACCUUCCUCCACUGAAGCAAGGGGAUGGGGUAUUUGUGAAAGACAUGAAUAUUGAGGGUAAAAUAAUAAAAGAAGAUUCACGACCGAGAUCAUUUGUUGUAGAAACUCCUAAAAGUACUAUUUCAAGAAAUCGUAGACAUUUAGUUAAACUGAACAAAACAGUAAGCUUUGAUAAAGAAAUUGAUAUCCCAUUCCAGUCACAAGUGUCUAACGAACAAUCAGACUCGCAACUGUCUCCUAAUCAAAACACAUCAAAUGCUGAAAGUUCAAACAGUGUUGUUACAAGGUCUGGGAGAAUUUCCAAACCGCCAGAUCGUUUAAACUUGUAA